CUGGUGCUGUGGUGCUACUUUUUUGUGUGCUUGCUGGAUGCAGCCAAGUGGCCCAGCACGACGGGAGAACCGAACCGGGCAUUUUACGGCGAUAGAUAUUACCUCUUGCCUUUGCCGCCCAAUCCUUCUGGGUGCCUCUCGGUUCUGUCCCUUUUUUUCCUUCCCGUCUCUUAUACAUCAACAUCUUCUCACUUGAGAAAUCUGAAGAGCCCUUUUAGCUUCUUUGAGCUUUGGCAAAGAAGACAAACGAUUCCCGACACAACUUUUACUUUUUCACUUUGACAAGCUCAUUGUCAAGAGAUAGGUACCUCAGCCGCAGGCCUUGUUAGUACAGGCUUCUCAGUUUUUUGGUGGACAAGGAGGGGCCGACUGGUCAGCUUCGCUUCAGCAAGGCAACUGCAAAAGGCCUCUCAUCCGGCCAACGUCAAGUGGCUUAGAGUCGACGAAGCAAAUACACAACAUCCACAAAACACAGCAAACAUGUUGCCAUCAACAAUAAUCCUUCUCGCCAGCGCUGCGCUAAGCACAGCCCACACAGUCAUCACCUACCCAGGCUGGCGCGGCGAUAACCUUGUCACCAACGAGACCUACCCCUAUGGAAUGCAAUGGAUCUACCCGUGCGGCGGCAUCGACGUGACAAAAAACAGAACCUACUGGUCCACCCAGGGCGGCGCCGUCGCACUCCAGCCCGGUUGGUUCCAGGGUCACCAGACGGCGACGUUGUACGUCAACCUCGGAAUCGGCGACAAGGGCCCCGAUGGUGGACCACUAAAUAUGUCGUUGUCGAUGGUGCCUGCCUUUGGUAUCACUGGCCCUAGCAAAAACCCAUACCCAGGCACGAUUUGUCUGCCACAGGUUUCGCUACCGCAAGGCUACACACCUGAAGUGGGAGAGAACGCAACAAUUCAAGUUGUCGAGCUUGCUGUGCAUGGUGCUGCUCUGUUCUCGUGCGUCGACAUUACCUUUGUAGAACCCAACGACCCGCGCCUCGCAAAGGUCAACGAAGACAACUGUUUCAACAGCACUGAUAUUGGUUUCACUGAUAUCUACACAACCAAGGUGGUCAACACGAACAUCACCUCCACAUCGGCUGCCGCCGCCAGCUUACGGCAACCUGGAAGCCUGACACUGUAUGCUGGGUGGAUUCCCAUGAUUGCGCUCGGCGCAUGGGCAUUGCUGUAAUUGGAGGGCUGAUUCUGUUUCUUUUUUUUCUUUAUUUUCAAAUUUCUACUAUUAUUAUGUUGUAUACCACCGAUUCUCACCAUAUACCUGCUGGGGUCAUUCAUUAAUGGGGGCGUUUUGGGGAGAAAUGUUCUCUUUUUGCUUGAGGUAAACCGAGUUGCUACUACGUUUUCACAGGGGCAAAAUUUAUCAUGAUCACCAACGAAUUGUGCUUUUAUCAAAGUGCUGCUAGUACCGUGUUAAAAGGCGCCGAAGAUGACCAUCUUAGCAUCUGGAUUACAUUGGCUACCAUUACUUUAGUAUGAGUUGUGUCACCGUUUAUUUUUUUUGAUGUACCGGAUUCCAUUCUAUGACAUGCUUUUUCAAG